AUCAUCAUGUCGAGCUGCCUCUUCCUCCGGAAGGCGCUUCUUGCUCUUGGGUCCGUGGCAUCCUGGGUGACUGCAGGAGAGCAUGUUCUUGACUUUGUCUUCAUACUGGUUGCCUCCUGGUUGCAAGAAGGCUGCUCUGAUUCCUUGUCUGUCUUUGGACUGGAAGAAGAAAGAAAUGAGGGGCAGUUUUGACAGUUGUAUUCCCUGAACCAGCAAUGCAAAAGUUUUCCCAGCUUAUAUCUUAGUUUGUGGUCACCCCUAGUUACAAGGGAAUAUGGGGGAAGCAAAUCAUUUUAGCUGACUGGGCUCUCUGCCUCUCAGAACAAGCCUGGGAUUCUAUUCACAUGUGCUUCGGUUAUUUAUUGCCACCUAACAAACCAUCCCCAAACUUAGCGACUCAACACAGUGCAUUGUUUCUCACAGUUGUGUGGCUUUGUGGGUUGACUGGGCUUGGCUGGGCUUAGCUGGGCAGUUCCUAUACCCAGUGGCACAGCCGAGGUGCUUCAUGAAGCUGGGAGCUCCCUGGUAAGUUCCACUGUGGCUGGAAUGUCCAGGAUGGCCUCUCCUCCUCCAGGUUCUCUCUCCGGAGGCAUCUCAUUAUCCCACAGCCUAGCCCAAGCUGCUUUACAGCAUGGUGGCUGGUUUCCAAGAGGGAGUGUUCAAGCCCCAGUAUGCAAGUGUUGCUCAAGCCUCUGCUUGCAUCAUACUUGGCUGGUGUCCUGUUGGUCAAAGCAAGUCACCCAGUCAAGCUCAGAGACAGUAUGGGAGGGGGCUUACCCAAGAGCACGUGUUCCAGCAGCCCGCGGUGUUGAUGUCGACCACAGGUUUGGCGGUGAACGUCCUGCCGACCCCCUUCCGUGUCAAGAGCUGUGUGAUGGGGACGCAUCCUGUCCUCAGGGACAUAAGUGCUGCAGCACCGGCUGUGGCCGUGCCUGCCACGGAGACAUUAAGGGAGGGCGGGGCGGAGACUGUCCAAAAAUUUGGGCGGGCCUGUGCGUUGUCAGCUGCAUGGUGGAUGAGAACUGCCAAUUUGGGGAAAAGUGCUGCCAGUCAGGCUGUGGCCGUUUCUGUGUCCCGCCAGUCCUGCCACCCCAGCUGGCCCUGAACCCCAACUGGACCAUCAGGUCUAAUUUUGAAUUAGAGAUCCAGGUGCCCUAGCUGUCCUGAUGUGUCCUGAGUUUCUUUGGUGACUCCAGGGGGCUUGUCCUGGUAGCCAGGAGAGGAUGAUGUCCUGGGGCUUGUGGCACCCCCAGGGACUUUCAUUGCCCUCGCUGCUCUGUUUCUGUUCUUGCUGCUGCCCUGAGCGUAGGAAACCUAGUCCUGGGCUUGGGCAGUGGGUGUGUGGUGCUUCUUUUCCCCAAUAAAGGCUG